AUGGCAUCAACCCUCGGCCAACUCAUCCCCCUCGUCAUCGCCAUCGCCCUCCUCGGCGGCGCAUCCUGGGUCCUCUACCAGAUCUACCUCUCCCUCGCCAAGAUGCGCGAGACCGCCUCCGAGCGCAUGGGCCGCUCCAACGUCGUCUUCACAAAGGACGGCGUCCGCGUUGGCGUCCGCCAGAUGCAGAACGAAAAGUACGUCGACAAGACGCAGAGCUACGUCGUCAAGGCGUGGAACCUGGGUACCGCGCAGAGGGACGAGGAGAUGAAAAGAAAAGGCUCGAAAUAA